GCUAAAUUUACACUUUAUUAGCAAAAGAAUUACAACAACAAUCUGAAUUUUAUUUAAAAUUUAAUAAUAAUAACGAUCAUAUCUAAGACAAAUAUUAGCAACUUGAUAAGAAUAUCAACAUAGUUUGCCAUUGCCAAAUCAACAAUCCUAAUAAUUUCAGUAUGAAGAUUUAUGUGAUUAUUGACAUGCUCUAAUUUUCUUAUAAAAAAGAUAAAUAUAUCUGAAAUGUUAAUUUUGUAAUAUCCAUCCAGAAAUUUAUUUUGUGUAUCAAAUAAUCCAGAGAUCUUUAACUGUUUUCAUGGAAUCUUGAACCCAUAUCUGGAUCUAAUAAAAGAAGGGAGAAACUUGAUUUUUGGUUUCAGAAGUUUUCCUCGACAUUGAAGAAAAUAUUUUCUGUAUAUCUAGGACAAAUACUAGCAACUUGAUAUUGAAAAUUAAUGUGAUCAUUGACAUACUGUAAUAUUCCUUACAAAAUGGAGAAAUAAAUUUGAAUGUUAAUUUUGAAUAUCCAUCGAAAGUUUUCUUUUGUGUAUGACAAUGUCUGUGAAAUAAUUAAUUGUUUUCAUGGAAUCCUAAACCCGUAGCUGGAUCUAUUAAAAGAAGAAAGAAACUCGAUUUUUGGUCUCAGAAGUUACCUUAAUAUUAGAGAAAAUAUUUUCUUUAUAUUUAUUCAAGUGUUUUCUGCCUAGAAGUAAGUGAUUUUGUUUGUUCUGUUGUUUCUGUUAUCUUUUAUUGAAAUAGAGGUUGAAGAAGGUUGUGGAGUACUGAUAGCCUUUGAUGAAUUUAGGAUGAGAUAGACGUGCACGGAUUCUUCUCAACUCAAGUGAAUGAUUGGACUUCCAUUUGUUUAUAGUGGUUUAAAAUUGAAUUGACCAAAACUACAUAAUAGCUGACAACUGUCUGAUUUGAUUUCUUUUGAAAUGGCCAUGCUGGUUAAUUGGCCACAAUCAGGAUGAUUUCACUUCUGGUAUAGUUUCAGCUUGGAAACGGUGGAAAUUUCAAAUGUUUGUAUUGUUAGGAAGGAAAUGGGUAAAUACAACGGAUUUUAUAUGGAUGACGGUAAAGAAGGUUAAAGUAGUACUAGGUAUAAUUGUUUCUCUCAAUUCAUGUUUGACAGUUUUGUUUGACUUGGAAAGUAGUGAUUUUAUUGGUGUCUGUGGUGCUCGCCUAUCACUUUUUUUUUUCACUAAUCUUGAAGAGCAAAAACGAUAUAACUGUGAUCACUGCCUCAAAUGAAGCCUUGGUAGCAAUAACCAGAAGAGGCAAUCAAUGAGAAAAUUGCUACUCAAUCCAUAGACAAUGAAUUUCAUGAUGCGGAUGAGGCAAACUUACUUGAAGAAGAAGAUAUGCAUGUCUUUGAUUGUAGACCAUUGACAGAUCCCCUUCACCUGGUUUGUUGCAAUGCUUGUAAGAAGCCAAUUAAAGCCAGUCAGUAUUCAGCUCAUGCAGAACGCUGUGGACCAUUGAACUGUAUGAAUGAUGUUCUGGAAAAAGAUGGUGGUUCAAGCCGUAAGAAGCCUCCAAGGAAGGGGAGAAAAUUAAUUCAACCAUCGAAUGGAAAUCUGCAAAUGACUAUUAUAGAGCAAGAGAAGUCUUUAUUGAUGGAUGCCAAUCAUGUUGGUGGUUCUGCAUCAAACAUUGCAUUGGAUAAUCAUUCCAGAGCAAUUGAUGCUUCUGAGAUUACAUCUGGGGGAUGUGAGUUAGAGAAGAAAGCUUCAAGUAGAAGAGAAGUACCUGGCAAUGCUUCAAGUAAAUAUCAAUCUGUGACAAAAUUUGUUGAACAUGGCCUAGUCAAUAAUCAACAUCAUCGAAGAGAAGCCCCAGCUCCACUUGCAUCCAAAAUUUACUACUCACGUGGAGACCAUCGUCUCCGGUGGGAGCUUUGCCACCUUUUCCAUGAAUCAUAUGCAAAAGAGCAUGGCAGAGAUUUUCAAAGUCCAGAAGAAGCACGGGAGAAUGACAUGUUAUCUUCACAGAUCUCCUCUUCUAGUAAAUUGCCUCAUGGAACAGUCAGAGAUGAUGUCGCUCCAAAUUAAGAAAGAUGCAUGCAACUUGGCUGCUGUUCAAAGCCCUGAUCAGAUUCUGGCACAAACUUCAGACCUAUGCUUUGGAAAAUCAAGAUCACCAUCAACUAUAAGCUUCUCAAACCAAUUUUGUUACAUCUUCCAAAACCUUAGGUGCCUGCAGCUGCUGCUUUAGCUCCGGCAGGGAUGAUGAGAACCAGAAUCUUUUGACACCAUACUCCUCAUAGGAACUCAGAUAGAUGAACAACAAAGCUAGCAGAUUGAAUUGUCCGGACCGCUAGCUGUCUCCAUAUUUUGGUUCCUUGAAGAGAUCAUUAUUUUGUAUACCUCCAAGUAAUUGUAAAGAAAUGGUCAGGUGCACAGCAAAAAGGUGGUUUUUGGUCUCUCACUAUUUGGUAUACAAGUUCAAUUUUGUUUACAUUCCCAAUGACCUCAUUCUCAUUGACACUGUAAAUCCAAUUCUGUUAUAUAUAGAAAAAUGAUCUCUGCCUGCA